AUGCCACCUGGCCACCCUCGAUAUGGUAGCCUUCGCCCUUCUGGCCAAGUAAAAAAACAAGAUAUUCGCGAUGAUAUGUUCGAUGGGUCUCUAAGCCCAGACGCCCAAGCAUUCGUCGACUAUUUCGAACGGGGUCCGCACAACUUUCCUAUCGGGAUUAACACCGACGACGUCUACGGUAUCCCGACGCCCCAAUACUUCCAAGGAUGGGACCAGGAAGUCAAGCAGGAACAACUCGGAAAUCAGUCACUUGGACACAUUGCUGGAACGAUUGAACCUUCCGAAAAUGCCAACAACGCUGUAGCAGUUCGCCGCUCUGGGCGUCAUUCUAUGGCGCCACGAGAUUCAUUCCCGAAGAAAAUACCACCAAUGACACAACUUGCGACCGACUUCAAGGAUAUUCCUUCCAUACCAGGCGACGUUCCUCUCUGGUGCCCCUGCUGUGACCGUUUACUUCUAGAAGAGUGUUUCAAGGCAGCUCCAGCAAGCCAAGUCCCUAUGGAAACGUGUGCUGAUUGCAGAAAGGAGCGAUUUCAGGUCCCGGCGGGCUUAAAGAUCUGCUGGAGUGACCCUUCCGAGUAUAAAGGAUGUGGAAGAUUGUUACCACUCGACCGUUUCUCUGGAUUCCACAAUCACGAGACCAACACGGGAAUCUUUUGUCGCGAUUGCAGAACUUUCGGACACAGCCGAGCGAGGUUUGAGGGAAGAUAUACCUACAAAAAGUAA